UCUCUUCCGUGCUUUUUAAGACCAACGCCGAGACAGAUCGAGCGAUCAGUCGAGGAGAGGAUGAAGGGAGGGAGGGGGAGCAAUGGCGCCGCCACCGACCUGCUCGUCUGCUUCCCGUCGCGGGCGCACCUGGCGCUGAUGCCGCCCAAGGCGAUCUGCAGCCCAUCGCGGCCGUCGGCGUCGGAGCCGGUCAAGCGCCGGCACAGCACCAGCAGGGCCGGGCCGCCGCCGACGUCGACCGCGCUCUUCAAGGCGGCCAGCGCCAGGAACCCGAGCCGUCGCGGCGCGGACGUCCCCGUGGACGACGAGCCGUCGUCGCCGAAGGUGACGUGCGCUGGGCAGAUCAAGGCACGGCGGCCGGCAGCCAAGCCCAAGAGUGCCGGUGCCGGUGCCGGUGCCGGGGGAGGGAAGGCCAAGAAGGCCACGUGGCUCCAGGCGCUCGGCAUCAAGAAGGACGCGCUGCCGUUCUUGAACGCCGUGCAUGGCGCCUUCCGCCUCAACGUCGCCGGCUGCUUCGGUAGCUUUCCCGGCGCCGUGGAGUACACCUCCGGGGAGGAUGACGACGACGACGACGAGGAGGAGCUCGCGGGGAAGGAAACAGAGCACGGGGCUGCAUUGGCCAAGUGGUUCAUGGUGCUCGAGGAAGGCAAGAAGGUAUCCAGCAAGAAACGGGAACAAGAGCCGCAGAGGCAGGAAGCCGAGGAGGAGCAGGACAAGGAGGAUGACGUGGCGCCGCCGGUGAACGCUCUGAUGCUGAUGCGGUGCCGGUCGGCGCCGGCGAAGGGGUUGCCAAGGAGGCUGGAAGGAGAUGCAGAGGAGGAAGCGAUGACUAAGACCGCCAAGAAGGAGGAGGACGAGGACGAGGACGAGGAGGAAAACAAGGAGAGGCUGGUGCUCAUGAGCUACGCCCCUGACUUCUUCAAGGUAUCCGUCGACAUCGCCAAGGAGACGUGGAUCGUCGGCGGCGACGAUGCGGUCUUGCGCUGCCGGAGCUGGAAGAGAUGAUCACGAGGAUCAUUCUGUGAGCAAUGUAUCUGUGUUUUGUCCUUUUUUUUUUUUUUUUGCCACACGCUUGGCUUUUCUUUUCCCUUUUCCCGCCUUAUAUAUUCUUCUUUAUAUAAAGCUCAUGUAAAGGGUUCGAUGAGCACGAAGCAGAAUGUUUUUUGCCAAGGCCAGCACAAAUGGUCAUUCUGCAGAAGGAUAUUUCUGCUCUGUAAAUAGUGCUGUAAUAACCAUUUAGUACACGGUGAUUCGGUGAAUAGUAUUUUGCUUGUGAAAUGUAACGAGCAAUAUAUAUGAUGAUGAGCUGUAUAGCUCCCUUUAAUUU